UACACUUUCUCUCUCCUUUUCCAGAUUCUCUCUCUCGAAACGUUCAGAUUUGCACCAAGAUUUUCAGGCCCGGGAAAAAAUUGUAAUGACCUUUCCACAAUUCACAAUCCACAACCCUAUAAUUCAUAUUCAAAAGCGGAGACUCCAAUGAAACCCACCAAACAAACAUGCUUUCUCGCUCUAAAUAUAUCUGUGAUGAUUAUAUAUAAAGCACACCCACUAACACAAAUUGCACUUUGUACUCUUCACCCGCUCUCUGCGUAGCGAACGAGAGAGAAAGGAAAGCCCAGAAGAGAUGCAGAGCUCUGCAAUUUCUCUCUCUUCGUGUAACCCAUUUUUGAAGUCCAAAAGCCCAUGUAAACCCACUUCCGGAUUUCCCCCAAGAUUCAGUCGUGGCCUAGAUCCACUCCCACCAAAAGGGCUUCACCUUAGAGCUAGUAUUGGCCGUUCUGAUCUUAGGCAGAGGAUCUCUUUUGGUAAUGGGGUUUCUCCUUCUAUGCAAAAACCCCUCUUUGAAGGGCCUGAUUUUAGGGUUGGGGCUAGCGCUUCUGUUCCUGAGAGUGCCGAUUCAAAGUCGAGUUCCAGUAGUUUGAUUCAGACCUUGCAACUUGGAGCUCUGUUUGGGCUCUGGUAUUUAUUUAAUAUAUAUUUCAACAUAUAUAACAAACAGGUCUUGAAGGUCUUUCCCUUCCCAAUCACCAUCACAACUUUACAAUUUGCUGUUGGCACUGUGCUCGUUCUUAUCAUGUGGUCAACUGGUCUAUACAAGAAGCCCAAGAUCAAUUCUUCACAGCUCAUUGCAAUCUUACCUCUGGCUGCUGUUCAUACAUUGGGCAACCUUUUCACUAAUAUGAGCCUUGGGAAAGUUGCUGUUUCCUUCACCCACACAAUCAAAGCCAUGGAGCCAUUUUUCUCAGUUGUUCUUUCUGCACUUUUCAUGGGAGAGCUGCCUACUCUCUGGGUUGUUUCUUCCCUUGUGCCAAUUGUUGGUGGUGUAGCAUUGGCAUCUCUCACUGAAGCUUCUUUCAAUUGGGCCGGGUUUUGGAGUGCUAUGGCUUCCAACCUCACGAACCAAUCCCGCAAUGUUCUUAGCAAGAAAUUCAUGCUCAAGAAAGAGGAAUCUCUGGACAACAUAACUCUCUUCUCGAUAAUCACUAUCAUGUCACUCAUCAUGUUAGCACCUGUGACUGUCUUCACUGAAGGCAUCAAGUUUACUCCAUCAUACAUGGAAUUGGCUGGUUUGAAUGUAGAACAGGUAAUCCAGAGGUCUCUCUUGGCAGGGCUAUGUUUUCAUGCUUACCAGCAGGUUUCCUACAUGAUCCUUGCCAGGGUCUCGCCUGUCACGCAUUCUGUUGGCAACUGUGUGAAGAGGGUGGUGGUCAUUGUUUCUUCAGUUCUUUUCUUCAAAACACCAGUCUCCCCCAUCAAUUCUUUGGGGACGGGCAUUGCGCUGGCUGGGGUUUUCUUGUACUCAAGGGUGAAAAAGAUUAAGCCCAAGCCUGAAGCCAAGUCCGCAUGAGAAGGAAGAGAAAUUUAAAUGCGGAAAUUAUUUAUUAGGUUUUUCCAUUGUCUGUCUUUGAAGGCUGACUGUUUUGUUUUUUCAAGAUUUUGUAAUUUUUCUCUGACGAUUUUCGCAAUUUUCAGUGGUAGUCCAUGAUUGCUCCAUGGCUUGUCACCUUCCUAUGUGUGUGUAUUUGUUUCCUUUUCUUA